AUGGCAAGCAAGCAGUCGGGGGCUGGAGAGAGGCAACGAUGUCCGUGUCCAAACAGUGGUCAAGGAUCGGGGAAGGCUGUCCAAAAUCCAGAAGAGGGCGAGAAACACAACUCGAUCACAGCAGACGGGGAAUGUACUGCGGAAGACAAUAUGGACAUCAAACACGGGAACAGGGAAAAGCACAGAGACGGCGAGCAAGUACGAGGGAGGGAAGCCAGAGACAUGAUGCUCACUACUGGAGUGAAACUAUGUUCCGGCAAAGGAUCAUCAGGUCCGCUGGUCUUUAUGCAGUCCUCCCUCAUUAGUUACAGGUGCCGGCGCGUGGGCGUGAAGCCAACGGAGGUGCUGGCAGACCCAGCUGCUGCAGAAAAGCGGGUUCAAGCCUGCGCCGUGACAACAUUCAUGUUCGUCUGCUGCUCGCCGGACGUCUUCAGGAAGCUGAUGGUUCACUUCCGCCGCGCCGACCUCCCUCACGAGCAGUACGUCUUCUUCUACAUCGACGUGUUUGGCGAGAGCCUCAGAUCGACGCGCAGGCAGCCCUGGGCGCGCGGGGAUGAGGACGACGCCGUCGCCAAGGAGGCCUUCCAGAGCGUUAAGAUCCUCACGUAUCAAGAACCGCAGAACUCCGAGUACCAGGACUUUGUCCACAACCUGAAGGUGGACGCCAAGACCAUGUUCAACUACACCAUCGAGGACUCGCUGAUGAACAUCAUCGCUGGAGGCUUCUAUGACGGUCUGAUGCUGUACACGCACGCGCUCAACGAGACCAUGACUGUGCCCACAAUGCGGCCCCCGGGAACAGUGGUCACCAGGAGGAUGUGGAACAGAACUUUUCAAGGUGUGACUGGGACAUUACAGCUGGACGAAAAUGGAGACAGAGAGACUGACUUUGCUCUGUGGGACAUGAUAGACACAAACAACAGUGCUUUCCAGAUGGUUCUGGUGUACAACAGUCUGGAGGAGCAGCUGACUGCCAUUCCGGGAACGUCGCUACACUGGCUGGGUGGAGUUUGUCCCCCUGACAUUCCCGUGUGCGGCUUCAAGAACGACAAUCCUGUUUGCCUGACCAAAACAAUCACCAUCCACCAGAUGGUCUCCAUUGUGGUCGUCUUCAUCCUCACCAUGAGCCUCACUGUCGCCAUCUUCAUCUACAGGAAGAUGAUGCUGGAGAAGGAGUUGGUGGCUCAGCUCUGGAGGAUUUCCUGGGACGACAUCAACAUGAGCAACCUGGACAAAGUGCUCCGAAGCGGCAGCAGGGUCACAUUGUCUCUGAGGGGCUCGAACUACGGCUCCCUGAUGACGACUGACGGACACGUGCAGGUUUUUGCAAAGACCGGAUACUACAAGGGGAACCUCGUGGCCAUCAAGUACACCAACAGGAAGCGCAUCGAGCUGAACAGGAAGGUCCUAUUUGAACUCAAACAUAUGAGAGACGUUCAGAAUGAACAUUUAACAAGAUUCAUUGGUGCCUGCAUCGACCCUCCAAACACCUGUAUCAUGACUGAAUACUGCCCCAGAGGAAGUCUGCAGGACAUCUUGGAGAACGACAGCAUCACUCUGGACUGGAUGUUCAAAUAUUCUCUCAUCAACGACAUCAUUAAGGGCAUGGUUUUCCUCCACAACAGCGUCAUCGUCUCCCACGGGAAACUGAAGUCGUCCAACUGUGUGGUGGACAAGCGCUUCGUGCUGAAGAUCACAGACUACGGUCUGAGCAGUCUUCAGGCUGAGAGCCAGUCAGAAAAAGACGCUCAUUCUUACUACGCUCAGAGGCUGUGGAUGGCACCUGAACUUCUCCAGAUGGACUCUCCGCCUCCUAAGGGGACUCAAAAGGGCGACGUCUACAGCUUUGGAAUCAUCCUCCAGGAGGUGGCGCUACGGCGAGGAGCGUUCUACCUGGAGGGCAACCCACUCAGUCCCAAAGAGAUUGUGGACCGUGUGGUGCUGGGUGAAUGGCCGUGUCUCAGACCCACUGUGGACCCUCACAGUCACAGCCCAGAACUGGGUCAGCUGAUGCAGCGCUGCUGGGCUGAGGAGCCCACCGAGAGGCCCGAAUUCAACCACAUCCAAAUAAUUCUACGCAAGCACAACAAGGAGUCCAGGACCAACAUCCUGGACAACCUGUUGUCCCGAAUGGAACAAUAUGCCAACAACUUGGAAGAGCUGGUGGAGGAACGAACACAAGCUUACCAUGAGGAGAAACGCAAAGCCGAAGCGCUCCUCUACCAGAUUCUACCACACUCGGUGGCGGAGCAGUUAAAACGAGGCGAGACAGUCCAGGCCGAAUCCUUCGACUCGGUCACCAUCUACUUCAGCGACAUUGUGGGCUUCACCAGCAUCUCUGCGGAGAGCACGCCCAUGGAGGUGGUGACGCUGCUCAACGACCUGUACACGUGUUUCGACGCCAUCAUAGACAACUUUGACGUUUACAAGGUGGAGACCAUCGGAGACGCGUACAUGGUGGUCUCGGGGCUGCCGGUGAGGAACGGCAAGCUGCACGGCCGGGAGGUGGCGCGCAUGGCCCUCGCCCUGCUGGACGCCGUCACCAGCUUCAAGAUCCGCCAUCGACCCGACGAGCAGCUUAAACUGAGGAUCGGCGUCCACAGCGGUCCGGUGUGUGCGGGUGUGGUGGGCCUGAAGAUGCCUCGUUACUGUCUGUUCGGUGACACGGUCAACACCUCGUCCAGGAUGGAGUCCAGCGGAGAAGCCUUGAAGAUCCACGUGUCGGCCGCCACCUGCGCCGUCCUGCAGGAGUUCGGCUGCUUCCAGCUGGAGCUGAGAGGCGACUUGCAAGUCAAAGGCAAAGGGAAGAUGACCACCUAUUGGCUGCUGGGGGAGAGCAGCAGCCAAUGAAUGGAAGAGGGCGGGACCAUGCCGUCAUCACAAACAUGAACGUUUGCAUCCCCCCCGGCCCCCAUCCAAUCAGAGCGCGCCGUUUUCCCGAUGAGAGCAGUGAGCAGCUACGUCCACUAGAUGGGGGUGUUGUCACGUCUGCAGCAGCAACGCCCUGCCAGGUUCUAAGGUCAAACAAACAACGACGUCAUCUCAACCACACACUUUUGAGUACACCGCGUCCUCUGAAUGUUGUAGUACUGUCCCAAUUACAUGACUGUUGUACACGCAUCCAUCACGAUAUCUACCUUCUUCUGUCCACUACUGUACUUUCCAUCGCUAUGACAGACCACCUCAAAAACGGAUUAGAAGUUUUCCCAAAUUAAAACUAUGAACGUUAACAUAUGAACGUCGCUCCUCUUCUACUUCUCAGACCACCUCCUCGAUGACCCACGUUAAAAUACAGCAGCGUAGCAGGCCUAAGUAUUCAUUAAAAACAAGGCAGAGGUUUUAUUUAACAGGUAUAUGUAAUAUGUUUGGCCUCUGUAACAUUACUCACAGUUUGAACAGUCACACUGUGUUUGAAUAUAGGGAAAUAAAACACUGUACUUUAUACAAGUGAUUAUUUGGCGUACCAAUAGAUCAGGGGUGUCAAACUCAUUUUAGAUCGGGGUUCCACAUGGAGAAAAAUCUACUCCCAAGUGGGCCGGACUGGUAAAAUCACGGCACGAUGACUUAAAAAUAAAGACAACUUCAGAUUGUUUUCUUUGUUUGAACAUAGAACAAGCACAUUCUGAAAAUGUACAAAUCAUAAUGUUGUUAGGGUUUUUUUACACUUACAUGUUGGGGUUAAUAGUAUUCUACCUUUAUUUGUCGUUAUUUAUACUUUCUGAAUAAAUUAGGUGAUAAUGUUCAUCAGUCAACUCAUUAGUGGUCAUUUUCAAUUUAUCAAGAUAAAAAAAUAUCAAAAUCAAAUUACAAGAUGUUAUUUAUGUAGUUUGCUAAUUUUCCUCAACUGGUGUACAAAGUGGUUUAUUUUUUUAAACAUAUUUAGCAUCAUCUACAGAGAAUUGCGACAUCUAGUGGACACAUUAAAAACAGCAGUUUCUUUCAUUGAAAAAUGUUGGCUCAUUUUUAUACUUAGCAAACUCAUCCCGCGGGCCGGAUAAAACCUGUUUGCGGGCCUGAUCUGGCCCACGAUCCGUACGUUUGACACCCCUGCACUAGAUGGAGCCAACGUUUGUGUUGUAGGUUAUUUGUAGACACUACAUUCAGAGUUGAGUAUAAAUAAGGUGACGCAUUCAGUGCAGAUUAAAGCCAUUUAAAUCGUUUGAUGAUUCCACACUUGAAAUGCACUACUUUUUACAUUUUACCACACACA